AUGUCUUCCUCUCAAAGAUCAAAACACAAUGGCCAUAUUCCUUAUGACUCCCUCACCUAUAGUGACAUCAUCAGUACCAUCACAGCUGAAGGAAUUGCUCUCUGCACGGAUUUCAAAUUCCAACAGCAAAUCAAGCAUGAGAAUGCCACUAGCAGAAAGGAAUUAGGAACUUUUUGCCAACAAUUCGGCUUCGAAAACCUAACCCCUCCUUCCAAACGAAAAAGUCACACCCGCUACCGAAAGCCUUUUCCCAAGAGAUACGAAAACAGGUCACGGUAUAACAAGAACAAACCCUCCUUUGUAGAUAAAUAUCUCUCUUCUGAGAAAAAUAGACAGAAAAAUGCCAUUCCUCCAAAAUAUUUUCAAAAGAAACCUGCCACCUCAAAAGCAGAUAUAAAAUGUUUCAAGUGUGGCAAGAUGGGUCACUACAAACGCGAUUGUAGAGCCAAACAGAAGAUCAAUGAGCUCGAUCUCCCUGAAACCAUCAGGAGCCAACUGAUGCAAAUUCUUUUAAACUCUUCAGAUGAAGAAUCCGAACAUGAUAUCAAUGGUAUUCAAGAAGAUGACUAUCAUGCUGAUACAGAUUAUAAUUCUGAUUCUUCUAACCCAUCUUUGGAUGACCAACCUAUCAAAACCAAAUGCAUCUGUAUCAUUACUAAGGACCAAGAAUUCAUGUUGGAACUCAUUGACAAAAUAGAAGAUCUUGAUCAGCACAAGGAAUGCUUGAUUAAAUUCACCAAUAGCAUUGGCUAA